GUUCAGAGUUAAAGACAAAAUUUAAGGUCUAUACUAGAAGACAUUUACUGAAGAUGAGAAAUCAAGUAGUUUGGUUUGUUGGUCUUGUGAUUCUUGGGAUCUUUGGGAAUUGCAAUGCAGGAAAGAAGGAUGGUGGUGGUGGUGGUGGUCUUAAAAUGGGAUACUAUAAAGUUUCCUGUAAAGGGGUUGAUGUCGAAAACAUGGUCAGGGAUUUGACAUGGAAGAAUGUCAGUGUUAAUCCCAGAUUGCCGGCUCAGCUACUAAGGCUGUACUUUCAUGAUUGUUUUGUCAGGGGUUGUGAUGGAUCAGUUCUCCUGGAUUCAACUCCAAAUAACAGAGCUGAGAAGGAUGCCAUACCAAAUUUAUCUCUUGGAGGAUAUGAUUUCAUCGAUUUCCUGAAAUCAAAACUCGAAUCAGUCUGUCCCGGAAUCGUUUCUUGUGCUGAUAUUCUUACUCUGGCUACCAGAGAUGCAGUUUCAUUUCAGUUCCAGAAACCAAUGUGGCCAGUCUUCACAGGAAGGCAAGAUGGAAGAACUUCACUCCUAACUGAAGCAUUAGAUGGCUUACCAUCACCAUUGUCGGAUUUCCCUACACUUCUUCAGAACUUCAGGAGCAAUAAUCUCGACAUUGUCGAUCUCGUCGCCUUAUCAGGGGCACAUACAAUUGGAGUCACACAUUGCUUUUUAAUGGCAACAAGGCUGUACAAUUUUACAGGAAAAGGGGACACGGAUCCUAGAUUGGAUGUUAGUUUUGCUCAGAAUUUGAAAACAAUUUGUCCACUUCCAAUUAAUCCAACCAAAACUCUUGAGCUGGAUUUCGGAAGCUCCACAUCUUUCGACAGCAGUUACUACGUGAACCUGAAGCUAAACAGGACAGCAUUUCUAUCAGAUGCUGCCCUGUUGACGGAUCCCGAAUCGGCCCGGAUCGUGACAAAGUUGCAGAAACCUCGUCAGUUCUUGGAUCAAUUCGGACGGUCAAUGGUUAAGUUAGGUGCCGUCGGAGUUCUUACCAACGGGCAAGGUGAAAUCAGGAAGAACUGCAGAGUUGUUAACUAAUGAUGACAAAGUUUUCUUCUUCGUCAAACAUAUUCUGAUUUGUCUUGAUUGAUACAAGGUUUGACUAAUUUUGUUCCUGAU